AUGGGCUCCCCUCACUCACCCGAGUCUCUGCUCUUGAGCCAGGGAGAGACAUCAUGCCACCCAGCCCCAGGCUCCCCGAGGACACUGAACAUACACCGAAGGGGCAGAAAAGAGAACAAAUCCAGAACUCCAAAGAUUGGAGGCAAGCUUAGCAAGAAGAAGUGGUACAAUGUAAACAAUGAGAAAGCCAAGGAGAAAGACAAGAAGGCUGAAGGAGCUGGUGCACAGGAAGAAGAAACUCCCAAGGAGAAUGAUGAAACCCAGACAGUGGCAGAGAUCACAGAUGUGAAGGAGAACAACAAAGAGGAGAAGAUGAAUAAAGAUUUCCAGGCCACUGCUAACAAGACUAAAGAUAAGGAAGCAGAGAAGGAUGCAGUGGCUGGCAAAGAAAAGGCUCUGAAAUCAGAGCCUGAGAAACCAGAGGCUAUUCCUGAUGGAAAGGUGGAGCAGCAGAAGGAAACUGAGCUGGAGCAGGCUCCUGCCUCUGCCCCAGCGGCCAGUAGUGAUGUUUCUAAGACUUCAGUGCCUAGCACUGAGGCAAAGUUCUCCCAGUCUUCAGAAGCCGCGGCAAUUAGUAAAAUAGAUGACAAGAGCAAAGAGGAAGGGGAAGCCAAAAAGACUGAAGCUUCCAUAGCUCCUGUCACCCAAGAAACUGAAAGUGAAGUGGCUCCAGCUUCAGACUCAAAACCUAGCAGCAGCAAAGCUGUAUCUUCUUCCAAGGAGACCCCAGCAGCAGAGGAAGACCCUAGCUCUACACCUAAGGCCCAGGAACCUGCAGCCCCAGCAGAAGAGGUUAAACCUUCUGAGGCACCCACCACCAAUUUGGAUCAAACCAUAGCAGUAAAAGAGUAA